UCUUUCAUUCCAAACUUAUUUCUUUUUCUUCCUCACUUUCUCUCUCUUCCUCUGCCUCACAACUCUCUCACGUAAACCUCACUCUCCCUCCAUGAAACUAUUUUUUUCUCUACCUUCUUUCUUCAUUUCCGAUCAACUUCGGCCGCCUCACACAGAAAUAAAACCACCAUAAUCUUCCUCUCUUCAUCCUCUUCAAAACCCACUAAUUAAUUUAUAGAUCUAUCAAGUUCACUCAUGAGGUGAUUUCUAAAAUUGUUGUUUUCCGACCACCGUGGACUGCCUAUGGAGAAAUUAAACAGAAUAUCUCCUUCACCAUGAAUGCUACAGUAAAACACACAAAAAUUUAUCUUCAUUGGAGAAACUUCACCGGUGACCACAGCACCGGAAUUCGCUUCCGCCGCGCCGGAGUUACAAUCAGAAGCUUCUUUUAUUUUCAUUCAGAUCUCUUCAAAGCAAUAGGUGGAGAAAAAAUAGAGGAAUUGGAACAACUGCAACAUGCUGUGAUCCAUAUCUUUGUUUUCCUUGGCUUACCUCUUCUUAAUGUUAGUGUGGAAGAUAUCACAACCAAUUACACGUUUGAGAAUUUCUCCUUCAAGGCAAUAUUGGAGCAAUGGGGGACUAGCAUGUGACUAAUUUUACAUGGAUAGGAAGGUGUUGCUAUAAGCUUCUGCAGCAAGUAUAAGAGUGAAUACAACUGUCUAUCAUGUUCUUCAAUAGUGUGUUACAUACAAAAACAAUAGACAAUUUUUUUAAAAAAGUAUAUAGAUUGAUUGAAAGGCAAAAAAUAUUAGACAAUUGUGUAUUAAGUUCUUUAUCAAAUUUGUAACUCAAAUUGAUUAAAUUGAUAUAAAUGAUGUAUGAUUUACGGGAAGCAUAACAGAUGCUUACUUAUUUGUGAAGUAGAUGUUUAAGCUAUUAUUGACAAUGACUUUUUAC